GAGAGAGAGGAAGGUGACCUUGGACCCGUUUAUGGAUUUCAAUGGAGACACUUUGGUGCUAAGUACACAGAUAUGCAUGCUGAUUACACUGGCCAAGGAUUUGAUCAGCUCUUAGAUGUAAUUAACAAGAUCAAGAACAAUCCUGAUGAUCGCCGGAUUAUAAUGUCAGCUUGGAAUCCUUCUGACCUUAAGCUGAUGGCACUUCCUCCUUGCCACAUGUUUGCACAGUUUUUUGUUGCAAACGGAGAGCUUUCGUGUCAAAUGUAUCAGCGGUCAGCAGAUAUGGGUCUUGGUGUACCGUUUAACAUUGCCUCAUACUCACUUCUUUCAUGCAUCCUAGCUCAUGUCUGUGAUCUUGUUCCUGGUGAUUUUAUCCAUGUGAUUGGAGAUGCUCAUGUUUACAAGAACCAUGUUAGGCCUCUACAAGAGCAACUUGAGAACCCACCAAAACCUUUUCCUGUUUUGAAGAUAAAUACAGAGAAGAAACAUAUAGAUUCUUUUGUGGCAGCUGAUUUCGAGCUCAUUGGCUAUGAUCCUCACAAGAAAUAUAUAUGAAAAUGGCGGUUUAGCUUGAAAAAACAGAGUUCUGAAUUUUCUAGUUAAAAUUUGAAUCAUUUUUUUUUUGGUGAUGAUGUAUAACAUUUGGAUGAUAAGAUGUUAAAGAUGGAAUUGAUAUGUAUCCAGGCCUAAUCACAAAGUAGUUAUUGAUAAGCAGUUGGUUUAUCUGUUUUAGCCAAAAACUAAAGUUUUGUGUUUCUUGUGGGCGACGUUACUUUUUUCCUUUUAUGGUGUGAGAUUUUCAUUUUUGUUUUCAUAAUCCUUAACUCUUAUCAGCAUGCAGCUCUGUAAAAUUUUAGUAAUAAGCUUUGUAUCAAUAGUUUUCAGAUUUUUGAUCAAACAAAAAGUUUUCAGAUAAUUGCACAGCCGUUGAAAUGAUAUUUUCUUUUAAUUUAGAUGGUCGACAUCAAAUAUCCAAAAAGGUAUUUAUUUCAACCAACAAAAUAUCUUUUUUUUUUGUUUUGAUCAACACCAACAAAAUAUCUAGAAAAAUAUACUGAGAGGAACUUAGUUGAUUCGGUUAAUAAUAGAUAAAUUAUGCUAAAGUAAGAUUCGAAGUGAUGUUUUGUCUAUGCAUGUUGAAUGGCAGCUGAUGAAUGGAUCUCUAUUAACCCUGAAAUAGACAAUACAUUCAUAUGGCACAUAUUCUCUGCUUCCUCAACUUUGUCAUGUCAUGUCAUGUCGUGUAUGAUAUAUGCAUAUAUCUCUUGAAUUAUUGGAUACUUUUUUUUUACAUUUUUAGCAUUAUAAAAUUUAUAGGAUGACUAGAGAAAAUAAAUUCACAUUCGAUCUGAAAUUUCUUGUAUAAGAAAAACAUCUUCACAAACUAGUCUACGUUCAAAUGGUGUUCUAUAUGUUUAACUCACGAUGUUUGUAUAGAAAUAAGAAAACAAACCAAACUUUAUGCUACUUUUCAUAAUAGAGUGAAGGCACUUUUUAAUAAUCUACUAAUCACAUGCGUAAAACGUAUAAAAGUAGAGUAAACAAACUAGAAGUAUUCUUCUAUAUUAUAAGAUUUGUUCCUUGCAGGUUCCUGUCGAUCUCACGUGUAUUCGUCAUUCUCAUUAGAUACUAUAGAUUUGCAUAUCGAUCUUUUCAUAUCCGAUCGAGCAUAUUUUGCCUCUUACACCUUUCCAGAUAUUGGUUCCUAUACGUCAGAUACUUUCUGACGUAGUUUCUCAAAGGAAAUCAUAUUUUAUCAUUCUACUAUCAAAAUCUUAUAUUCUAACUAAAAGGAUUAAAAACAAUAAUUAUCAUUUCAGCGUGAGUGCGUAAGCUAGAUAAAAUAUUACGGGAUGGUAUAAUGUUUUCUCCAGUGUAAAAUUUAAUUUUUAAACACAGAAAUAAUAUAAAAAAAUUACUAAAAACAAUCACUAAUUUUAAUAACAAAGAAGAAAAAUAAUUCUCUUUGUUUUUAGCUCAGUAAAAAAAAAGCAAAACAGAAAAUAUAUAUAUUUGUAUAUGUAUGAAUCAGUAUUCUUCAGAAUUUACCGAUGUCGUCGGAGACAGAUGCUUGGAAUUAAGUGUUACGUAAUUCAUAUGUUAGCAUAAACCUCCAUGUCCGAUAUACCUAAUAAAACUGAGACCAAGAUACACUUGUGUUGGGCAUAUAUGCUUGAAGUUUAUGCUAAAAUAUAAUUGAAUGAUGGAUUCUUUGGUAGCUGGUUCAAAUAUUAAAGAAUCGAUACUCUUGUGUUGGCUUGUCGAUGGCAAAUAUGCUAUAGUGUUGCAUGGAGAUAAAUAAGUUAUGGGAUUUUAAAAUAUUCCCAAAAAAAACUGAGACCAAGAUGGAUGACGUGAGGACAUAUUUAGUACCAACAAUUCCCUCCUCUAUAAUGUAUUUUAUUCCCUUUUACCCACAACCCUAAAUAACGCUAUUCAGCAUUUUGAAACAUCGUUCAUAUAUGCUUAUCUAUUUGCUUUCUAUCUGCUAUCUCCAUAUUAGGAACCAACUAGCUAGUAGAAGGAAUAUUCGAUUCUCGACUAGUGUAACUGUGUAAACUAACCACGUUCGCAAUAUCACAUCAAAACCUAAACUCGAGGCGUGUUAAUAGCGUGUGAUCAAGAUUCAUCUCUUGCGAAGUUGCGAUCAACUGUAUGUAACAUUCCACUGUCAUUGUCAGUAUGCCUCACGUCGAUCCUCGGCCUGUGAAUUCCACGUUCGUCAGACAAUAUUCGCGUCGUUGUAAAAACACAAAAAAACUUGUCCAUGUAAAUCAUCACGAGAGUUUUCUUCUUUCAAUAGCUUUACAUCAAGCAUGCUAAAUUGUGAACUCUUCUUAUAACAAGUAAGUUAGCGUGUGACACAGAGUAGGAUUACUAGCAUAUUACAACUGCCAAAAAUAUUAAUAUUUUGUCAAUAUGUUAUAAAAGUAAUGUAAAUGAAAGCUUGUAUCAUAUUCAACAAAUUUAAACAACAAAUAUGAAAGUAACAUUACUAAAUAUCAUUUUGUAUUUGAGGUACAAAGACAUAUACAAUCAAACAAAAGUACAAAUAAACCAUAUUACAUGAAAAACCAUCUAUAGUUAGGAAUAAAUAAGUAAUUAGAGUGUGCGAACAUACCGGCACUAGUGCACGAAAAAUAAUACUAGUAUGGGUGGCUUUCAGAAAAAUUAUAGUGUUGCACACUUUUUAUUUCUUUAGUAAUUUUUUUAUUCUUUGACAAUAAGUAAUUAGAUUUUUAACAGAAAAAAUAAAAAUAAAAAUGAUAUUUUACCGAUCCUAUUUUAACAUUUAGAAAUAUUAACCUCACACAACCGUUACAGCAAAAAAUCUACAGUUGAAGCGUUUGGUAAAAGAUUUUAAUUGUAAGCCU